AUGUCGGACAACAAUGAAGCGCCGGUGAAGCUCUCAUUGCCGCUGCAGGACAUAUUCAAAGAGCUCCGCGAAGAAGAUGAGCUCGUCAUCAUGGCGCGAGGCCUCGGCCUGCUGCGCAUCGUCACCAACCUCCUACAUUCAUACGACGCCGCCGGGAACAACCUGAUUGUCGUGGUCGGAGCUGACGACCGCGAGAAUGGAUGGAUCGGAGAGGCUCUGGCAGAACACGCCGCCAUCAGCGCCUCGCCCAAAUGCCGUGGUCUGAGCCUGGUCAACACCGACUUGACAGACGUCGGACAGAGAGAAAAAAUGUACAAGCAGGGAGGCAUCUUCUCGGUCACGUCGCGUAUUCUGGUCGUCGACCUCUUGACCGAGAACCUCGACCCUGCCAAAAUCACUGGCCUUGUCGUCCUGCACUCGGAGCGCAUCGCCGCAACCUCGCUAGAAGCCUUUAUUGUCCGCGUGUACCGCCAGAAGAAUAAACAAGGCUUUCUCAAGGCUUUCUCAGAUGCCCCUGAACCAUUCGCCUCAGGCUUCGCUCCUCUGGCAACCAUGAUGCGUAACCUCUUCCUCAGACGACCCUCGCUAUAUCCUCGCUUCCAUGUCACUGUCGCAAAGUCCCUCGAAGGUCGCCGGAAAGCCGAAGUCAUCGAACUCGAGGUCCCCAUGACUGACGGUAUGCGCGACAUUCAAAACGCCAUCAUGGAGUGUGUCGAAGUCAGCAUUACCGAGUUGAAGAAAGGAAACACUGGCUUAGAUAUGGAAGACUGGAAUCUUGAUAGUGCUUUGCAUCGCAACUUUGACGCCAUCGUCCGUCGACAACUGGAUCCUGUUUGGCAUCGUACCAACUUCAGGACUCGUCAAAUCGUUCGUGACUUGGCACUAUUGCGAAAUAUGCUGCACUAUCUUCUCACUUUCGACGCCGUAAGCUUCCUUCGAUAUCUCGAUACAGUCCUAGCCGCUUCAUCUCCACCGCCUGGUUCAAAUCGUCAAAACCAAUCUCCUUGGCUGUUCCUAGACGCUGCUCAUGUCAUCUUCGACAAUGCCAAGCGUCGUGUAUACACUGGUAAUAUCAAGGAUAGCCAAAGUGUCAACGCCAGAACAGGCGUUCCCGACUCUCUACGUCCUGUGCUCGAAGAAAUGCCCAAAUGGAACCUUAUGGCCGAGAUUCUGGAAGAGAUUGAGCGUGACAUGUACUUCAACCCUUCAUUUCAGGACGAAUCCAACGGUAGUAUUCUGAUCAUGUGCGGGGAUCAAGGCACAUGUCGGCAGAUACGUGAGUAUCUACAAAGCAUGAAUGUCCUUCCAGAUACGACAUCAGCGAAAGAGGACGCUGAUGAAGAUGCUCGAGGACCAUCUGGCGCCGCUAUGAUGCGUCGAAAACUCAGAAACUAUUUCCUCUGGAAGCGAGACUUCAAUCGAGUGAGCAAUUCACUCUUUGCAGAGAAUCAGAAAAACAUCAAUGGUACAACCGACCAGCGCCAAGGUCAAGCUGGCCGUGGAGGACGAGGCGGUGGGUCUAAUAAGCGACGCCGUAUGCGAGGUGGCCCAUCUGCUGCAUCUGCUCCCACACGCACAGCAAACGGCAGCGUCCAUGUGGCAGGAGACAAAGAGUCUCACGUGCAAAGUCUUCUGGCUGAGCUCGAGCCUACAGAAGCGGAAGCUCAACAGAAAGCUGAGAUUGGCGCCGACCCUCUGGAUGACAUGGACGACUUUUACGAGCUUUACGACAUGAAAGACUUAAUAAUGGUGCAUCCCUACGAUGGUGACAUGGACGAACACAUUCUUGAAGAGACCAAGCCGAGAUAUGUCAUCAUGUACGAGCCGGACGCGGCUUUCAUCCGGCGUAUUGAAGUGUAUCGGAGUAGCCACUCGAACAGGAACGUAAGAGUCUACUUUAUGUACUACGGAGGAAGUGUGGAGGAGCAACGAUAUCUGAGCGCUGUGCGCAAGGAGAAGGACGCCUUCACCAAGUUAAUUCGCGAAAGAGGCUCCAUGGCGGUGACUUUGACACACGAUCCUGCAGGACUGGACCCGCAAGAGUCUUUCUUACGAACGGUCAAUACUCGUAUCGCUGGUGGAGGUCGACUUGUUGCUACCGCAGAACCUCCAAGAGUCGUCAUUGAUGUUCGAGAGUUCCGAUCGUCUCUGCCGUCACUUCUUCAUGGAAGAAACAUGGUCAUCGUUCCAUGCACCUUGACAGUAGGCGACUACGUUUUGACCCCUGAGAUUUGUAUUGAGCGAAAGUCGAUCAAGGAUCUUAUCCAGUCUUUCCAGAAUGGUCGUCUCUACCAUCAAGCCGAAACAAUGCAACAGCAUUACAAGAGCCCAAUGCUCUUGAUCGAGUUUGACGCACAAAAGUCUUUUACAUUGGAGCCCUUCGCAGAUCUGUCGGCCGGCGUGGGAUCUGGUUCUCUGCAAGCAUCAGACUUGCAAUCCAAGCUUGUGCUGCUGACUCUGGCCUUUCCUCGUCUCCGCAUCAUCUGGUCCUCAUCACCAUACCAGACGGCCGAGAUUUUUGAAGAGCUCAAAAAGCAACAGGAAGAACCUGAUCCGAUCAAAGCAGUCAAUAUUGGCUUGGAAGAGAGUGAUAUGGAUGGUCAGGAGAGAACUUUCAACCAGCUACCACAAGACAUGCUUCGCGCUGUACCAGGAGUCAACCCAAAGAACUUGACAAACUUGAUCCUCAAGUACGAAAACGUAUUGGGAGUUGCCAAUGCGGAUGAGGAUGAGUUGGCGGCGUUGAUCGGAAAGGAGGCCGGCAGACAGAUCUACCGUUUCUUCAAUCGUAGUGUCUUUGAAGACUAA